CACCCCUCCCCAGGGACAGCCGUGCCGGGAGGAGGGGAGGCCGCGCUCGCUGCCGAUGCUGCCGGGCCCCGGCCUGCCGCCUGCCCUUACUCUGCUGGGGUUCGCCGCCGCGCUGGCCCCCCCGGCCGCCCGCUGCGCCCUGCGGCCCUGCAGUAACUUGUCUGCAACCCAUUGGUCCCAUCUCCACCCUACUAACAUGUUCAACAGUUGCAACGUUAACAAGUUCUACCACAGCAAAGCUCUCACCUCCCCGUAUCCUGGAUCACACAUUGAGCGUAGCCAAGUUCCUGAAGACAAAGUGGGCUGGCUGACUCAGUGGGAAGAUUAUAAUCCUGUGGAGUACACUGCAGCGGCUGUUUUGGCCGGACCCAAGUGGGCGGAUCCUCAGCUCAAUGAUAAAAAUUUUUCUCCCAAAUUUAACGAGAGAGAUGGAGAAGUAGAGAGGACGAGUCGGAAUGGCUUGUAUGUGGUUGAAAAUGGGAGGCCCCGGAAUCCCGCGGGAAGGACUGGUCUCACAGGCAGAGGACUAUUAGGGCGCUGGGGGCCAAACCACGCCGCCGAUCCCGUUGUGACUAGGUGGAAGAGGGAUGGAAGUGGCAAUAAGAUCGCUCACCCAGUUACUGGCAAAAACAUCUUGCAGUUUGUAGCUAUAAAGAGGAGAGACUGUGGGGAGUGGGCCAUCCCGGGGGGGAUGGUGGACCCAGGGGAGAAGAUCAGCGCUACUCUGAAGCGAGAAUUUGGGGAAGAGGCCUUGAACUCCUUGCAGAAAUCUCCUGAGGAAAAAGCAAGCUUGGAAAAGCAACUGCAGAGGCUAUUCAGCCAGGAGCACUUUGUGGUGUACAGCGGAUAUGUGGAUGACCCUCGUAACACCGACAACGCGUGGAUGGAGACGGAGGCUGUGAACUAUCACGAUGAAACAGGUGAGACAAUGGAUAACUUGCCUCUGGAAGCAGGUGAUGAUGCUGGGAUGGUGAAGUGGGUUGACAUCAGUGAGAAGCUCAAGCUGUAUGCCAACCAUAGCUACUUCAUUAAGCUUGUGACUGAGAAACGGGGAGCCCACUGGCAAGAGGAUCCUGGUCCUGAGUGCCAUGAGUGAUGUAAAUGAGGAACAGACUCCCACACGAGGGGAAUACCAGCUGCCCAGCCUUGAAACUGAGAUGAUGUCCUUUUCA